AGUUGUACGCAUUUUUACUUGACAGAUCCUCACUAGGUGUCGCUUUUAUCUGACCGCUAUAUUGAUCAAGUUAGAUUUUAUAAGGACGCACGUUGAUAAGAUCUUUCGUAUUUGCUAGUUCCGCGAAAAGUUUUAAGCUAUUGUAACAUUUGUUGUGACAGAUUUUGACAAUAAAUACAUCCAUUUUGUCAGCGUCGUAAUUGUUCCCCUAUGACGUCAUUUGUGCAUUACACAAGCGUCAUCGCUUAGUCUGUUUUGUGGAAAAUUUUAUAGGAUUCGUGGUUUGGAGUAGAAUUGACCGCUCGUUCAUAUAUAUAUCUCUCUCUCCCCCUCCCUCUCCUAUUCUAUAUAUUAUUAUAUUUUGUUUUAUUUUGUUUUGUUUUUCUUUCCUUUUAAAACAUAGACGCAGGUGCUAUCGAAGUAGUUUCCUCUACCGUGCGAUUAGUAUUUUUUUUCUCCAAUACUGUGAAAGUUACGCGACAGUGUUUUCACUCCCGACCAACUCACUUUCGGUAUUGGAACGAAGUAAUACACGUAGUGUUAUUUAUCUCCCAUCAUACAUCAUCGCAUCAAAUCUGUAUUUAUUAUGGAGCCACAGUAACAUAUCCUCUUAAAAUAUUGAUAAAGGUGCUAUAAGUUGAUAUCAAGAUGUCCAUGCAACAGUUUUGUUUGCGAUGGAACAAUCAUCAACCAAAUUUCAUUUCUGUAUUUUCAAAUUUAUUAAGUAGUGAAACAUUAGUGGAUGUUACACUAGCAGCAGAAGRCAGACAUCUUCAAGCUCAUAAAGUUGUACURUCAGCAUGCAGUACAUACUUCCAAUCGUUAUUCACARUUAAUCCAUGUCAACAUCCAAUCGUUAUACUCAAAGAUGUUAAAUUUUCCGAUCUCAAAAUCAUGGUAGAUUUUAUGUAUUAUGGAGAAGUUAACAUUUCUCAAGAUCAAUUACCAUCRAUUAUUAAAACUGCAGAAAGUUUGAAGAUCAAAGGUCUUGCUGAAAUGCAUAUAGCUUCAUUAACUAAAAGGCCAAGUAGUAGUAGUGAACAAGGAGCUGCAGAUCGUGGAAAAUCUUGUUCUCCUAGUCCAUCUCCUCUUUCUCCAUCAUUCAGACGAAAAAGAUUAARAAAAACGUCAACAGGAUCCACAUCUGGAUCUGGUGAUAAAACAGAAGAAAUUAAUGAGAUUACAUUGGUCGCUACUAAUAUAGUUAAGCCAGAACCAUUGAUAGUAUCGCCAGAAAGCGAUGAAAAUGUAAGGCAACCAAUAAAUACCAGUACAGAAUUACAAGGAAGUAUCGAUGAGGAUAAAAUAUCAAUAAUGAGUAAUAUGGAAAAUAGUUCUACAACAAUGCCAGCACAAAGUGAUGGUACAAUACAAAAUGUGAAUCAACAAUCUAGUGGAAAUGUACCACAAAGUUCUGUUUCUUCUCAACCACCAGCACAUCAAGGAUUACAAUGGACUAUUAUGGAGCACACAUAUCCACGUUUCGCUCUGUCCUCGUGUCAAACGAAUCUGUCGAUCCAAGCGUCAUCAGCGUUUACAACGCCUGAAAUAACAACUUCUUCGACGAUCAGCGAUCAGUACUCUGGUACCAGCACCACUGGUUCCAGUUGUGCCCUGACGAAUUAUCCAAACUCAUCAUCGCACGGGACCUCGUCGUUACAACAUACAUCAUCUUCCUCGUCGAGCGGUGGGGGACCACCCCCAUCGUCAACACAAUGUCCGAGUAACUGCCAGAGUCCUUGCGCCAGUCCGCAAACUGCUAUUAAAAGAAAAAGAUCUACAAAUCCACAAGCUGAUGAGAACUUUAUUAGAGCUCUCGAUGCUGUGCGAUACGGUGGUAUAGGGUUUUGCAAAGCUGCCAGAAUGUUCGGUGUAAAUAAUCGAACACUUUGGCUUGAAUACAAGAAACGUGGUUAUCCAAAUAAUCGACCUAGCUUAAAAUCAAGAGUGAAACAAGAAGUUAAUUCAUCACCACCGCCUGCACAAUCGGCCCAACCUGUAAAUUCGCAAAGUCCAACUCCCAUGGGGCCACCAUCGACUCCCCACAGUACACACAAUACUCAUAGCACUCAUACUAUGUUAACCACUCAUAGUCCUCAUACCAUGUUAAGCGGUUACAUUGAUAGCAGGCAUACGGACUAUGCAUUACCAACUCUUCAGUAUAAAAUGGGUGGUUCAAAGAGAGGUCGUCUAUUGAUGCGUCAGCCAAGAGUGAAGAAGGAACCAUCCCAUUUGUCUCCGGACAACGACCCAAAUUCACCCCACAUCGUUUCCUCGUCCAUUCACUUGACGGCACAAACAUUGAACGUACCUCAACAGUCGUCGCCUCGUACCUGGGAAGAAACCAGGAGUUCAUCGCCACCUUCUAUAUUGGUCACACAAUCGAAUCUUUUAACAGUAACAACGCCAACUAAUUUGUUGAGCGUACCUCAGCCGUCCUAUUUGACGAAACAACAUUCACAUCCACUUUUGUCCAGUCAACAAUCAAGUACAAGUGGCAGCAAUUAUUUGAUACAAAGGCAACAUUCAAAUCCUGAAUUUCCCGGAAGGACUACCAGUCCUUCUAUAGUUGUCGAACCAGCACCGAUCGUUAAAACUGAAGAGGAUAUGAAAGAUGUAUCUGUUUGCGAAGAACCUAUUUUGGUUGCUAUAACUAAUGCCGGAAGUAGCAGCAGUAGUAGUAGUAGUAAUAUUGCCAGUGGUAAUAAUACUCAAUCAGCAAGUGGAUUAAGAGUCAAGACCACCGAACUUAGGCGAAGUUCUUCUUCGCCUCAGACAAUUAGCAGAUUAUUCAGAGAAGCUACAGGUGAUCAACGAUUAGCUCAUUGUCCAGUAUUACGACCUGGUCCAGCUUUAGGUUGUAAUCAUUGUUGGAACACCAUGGAUGCUCGUAGAAGAAUUUUACGAAGAAAAACCAAGUACCAUUGUCCAGAAUGUAAAAUUAAUUUAUGCAUCGUACCUUGUUUCCAGGAAUAUCACGAACAACGUCGUGAAUUGAUAUCGAAAUUGAAACCUUUACCAAAAACUAGCUCCGUUUAAUUAACACCUUACUAAUUAUUAUUAUCUUUUCUCCCCCCCCCACCCUCUACUCUUUUAGUUUCUUCUUUUAUUUAUUUUAUUGUCGUAGGAGAGAUAAACUUGGCUGACUUAUUACAACACUUGUAUUAUAUGUACGUAUAUAUGUAAUGUAUGUAUGUAAUGUAUGAAUGUAUGUGUAAACGCACGCUUUAAAUG